CUCCCCGGUGGCUGUUCGCCACACUGCGCCGGAUGGAGAUGGACGCGCAGGACUGUGUGGCAUCCUGGUGGGACAUGGUGGUGCGGAACCUGCGAUCUUUUCCACAUUCCUGUUCAACACUCGGAAGAAAAAUUGCCUCUCUGUACAACAGCUUUACUAGUAAACCAUUAAAAGAACACAUUUUUCCUCCUCUGAUGAAUAUGCUAAUAUUUUUAAAUUUUUUCAAAGCACCAUUUCUUGUGGAUUUAAAGAAACCGGAGUUAAAGAUCCCUCACACGGUGAACUUGUAUAUCAGAGUUGAACCUGGGGUGAUUCUGGGAAUCUGGCACACGGUUCCCAGCUGCCGGGGGGAAGAUGCUAAGGAGAAGGACCAUGGCUGGUAUGAAGCAGCCCUUCAUGACGGCAACCCAAUUAUUGUUUAUCUUCACGGCAGCGCAGAACACAGGGCAGCUCCUCACAGACUUGAGCUAGUAAAGGUGCUGAGCGAUGGUGGCUUUCAUGUUCUGUCUGUGGACUACAGAGGGUACGGGGACUCCACGGGUGAGCCCACAGAGGAGGGGCUGACCACAGAUGCUGUUUGUGUCUAUGAGUGGACCAAGGCGAGAAGUGGCACCACACCUGUGUGUCUCUGGGGCCACUCUCUGGGUACAGGAGUUGCAACAAAUGCUGCAAAAGCACUAGAAGAGAAAGGAUUCCCAGUUGACGCUAUUAUCCUGGAGGCUCCAUUUACCAACAUAUGGGUUGCAAGUAUUAAUUAUCCCUUGUUAAAGAUUUACCGGAAACUUCCAGCAUUUUUACGUGCGCUUAUGGAUGCCCUGAGAAAAGACAAAAUAGUCUUCCCUAAUGAUGAAAAUGUUAAAUUCCUGUCUUCUGCCCUUCUCAUCAUACACGGUGAGGACGAUAGCACGGUGCCUUUGGAGUUUGGAAAAAAGCUCUAUGAAAUUGCACACAAUGCGUAUAGGAACAAAGAGAGGGUCAAGAUGGUGACCUUUCCCCCUGGUUUCCAACACAACUUCCUCUGUAGAAGCCCUACACUAAUAAACACUGUGAGAGAUUUCCUGAGCGAGCAGUGGGCAUGAGGUCUGAGAGUAACAGAAAUCUGCAGUGAAGACUUGGUCCAGACACCACCCAUGAUGCAUAUUUUUCAUGUAAAAUCGUACUGGGCUGCUGGGAUGAGCUGAAGUCACUGACAUUUCUACAAUUCACUUGCCAUUUUAGUAAGGGAAAGCAGGGAUGUUGGGCAUUAUUGAAAGUUGUCAUUUAGCUUGUCAUAGUCUACUUUGUGGAACAAACUGAAACCUCAUUGUAGAGUAUCAGAAUUUGGUAAAAUUUGGAUCCCAUCUAAAAAUGUGUGGUUACCAAACAUGCUGGGGAUAUCUGUGAAUAAGGUCGUCUUUGGUUGGGACUUAACAGUAUAAGAAAGGUACUCUAAUGUAGUUAAGUAAUUUGUGUUUUAGUUUAGUUAAUUUAAAUGGCAUUAAAAAGUUCCCAGUAUUUUCUAGCUUUUUGAAUAGCCCGGGAGAAAGUCCUAGCAUGCUACUCAAUCUGCCAUCAAAUAACAAGUUUUGGCACUCAUGUAGCCCUUGU